AUGACCAUUGCUGCGUGGUUGCUGAUGGGCUAUGAUGCGGAUGUGGUUGUGGUGAGGUGUGGAUCGUUGUGUGCAGCGCAGGUGGCCUUCUGGAAUGAUCUGUACAGGGGAGCACUGUCAGAGUUCUAUUACAUUAACGAUCUGGUAGUGCCCCAAUUCACAAUCAUAAGCGAAGGCCCUGACAUCGCGCCACACGACCCUCCGCAACAGACCAAAACGCCACAUAAGAAGAGAGCACUGGUGCCAUUGGGCGGAGGCAAGGACUCACUAGUAGCACUCGAACGCAUGCGCACCAGUGGCUACGACUGCACGCUGCUCUACGGUGGGUGCACCCUUGUGUCUUAUUAA